AUGGAAGAGAAGAACGAGUCGACUCAAACCGUUCCCACCCCCGGCGAGCUUGUCCACCGGACCGGCAGCCAGUCCGUCCAGGAAGCGGGCGGGACUGGCGCCGUUCUCACCGCUGGCGGAGCCGGAUCCGACGAUGACGGCGCGGACAGCAUAGACGAGCAGCCGGACGGCGGAGAAGGCCUCUCGCGCGUCUCCACCGGUCCGCCGUACAGCAUCUUCUCAAGGACGACCAAGAUCUGGAUCAUGGUGAUCGUCUCCUGCAUCAGCUUCGUCUCCCCGAUGACCGCCACGAUCUACUUCCCGGCGCUGAACCCCAUCGCUGCGGACCUCGGCGUGUCUCUCAGCCUCAUCAACCUGACCAUCACGACGUACAUGGUCUGCCAGGGCAUCGCCCCGACGCUCUUUGGCGACUUGGCCGAUGUGUCGGGCCGUAGGCCGGCCUUCAUCAUCGCCAUGACCAUCUACGUCCUCGCCAACAUCGGCCUGGCCUUGCAGACCAACUACGCUGCCCUGCUGGUGCUGCGCAUGGUCCAGAGCUCCGGCAGCAGCGGCACCAUCGCCUUGGCCUUCGCAGUCGUCGCCGACAUCAGCGUUUCUGCAGAGAGAGGCAAGUACAUGGGCUUCGUCAGCGCCGGUCUGAACGCCGGACCGGCCAUCAGCCCCGUGCUUGGCGGUAUACUGACCGAGUAUCUCGGCUGGCGAGCCAUCUUUUGGUUCUGCGCCAUCCUCUCGGGCGUGGCCACGAUCCCCUACACGCUCUUCAUCCCAGAGACGUGCCGGAAGGUCGUGGGCAACGGCUCGGUACCGCCCCGCGGCUGGAACAAGACGCUCUUGGAUCACUGGCGGCUCCGGAAGCAGCCGAAGCAGACAGAGACGGCCGCGCCCAAGCAGAGGCUUGGCUUUCCGAACCCCCUCAAAGCACUGCGGAUCCUGGUCGAGAAAGACCUGUCGCAGAUUCUCUUCCUCAGCGCCCUGAUCUAUCUGGUCUUCAUCCUCAUGUCGGCGACGCUAUCGACGCAGUUCAAGCCCAUCUACGGCCUCAACGACCUCCAGAUCGGGCUGUGCUACCUGCCCUACGGCUGCGGCUGCUGCUUCGCCUCCGUGGGGCAGGGGUACCUGCUCGACUGGAACUACCGGCGCGUCGCGCGCAAGAUCGGCUUCGUCAUCGACUACAAGCGCGGCGACGACCUGUCCAAGUUCCCGAUCGAGAGGGCGCGCGCGCAGGUCGUCAUGCCGAUCCUGAGCGUCGGGCUCGUCGCCACGACGGGCUACGGCUGGGCGCUGCAGCGCGAGGUGCACAUCGCCGUGCCGCUCGUCAUGUCCUUCGUCAUCGGCCUCACCGUGACGGGCAGCUACUCGAUCCUGCAGACGCUGUGCGUCGACCUGAACCCGCACGCGCCGGCCACCGCCGUGGCGGCGCUGAACCUCAUCCGCUGCCUGUGCGGCGCCGUCUCGGUCGCCUUUAUCGAGAAGAUGAUCGAGCACAUCGGCCGGGGGUGGACGUUUACGUUCUGGGCGCUGCUCUGCGCGGCCUUCACGCCGAUCCUGUUCAUCCUGCCGAGGUGGGGCCCGGGAUGGAGGGAGGAGCGGCGCCUGCGCCUGUUGAAGGAGCAGGAGAAGAGGGAGGAGGCGGAGAGGGCGGCUGUUGGACCCGAGGCGGCACCGGAGUCAUGA